GGCCGCCGCGCGUUUGGUUGCGCGGCUGCCGGGGAAGGAGACGCUGCCCUUCCGCAGCAAUGGGACCUCGGCUCUGCGGAGGGACCGUCUGGCAUGCACAUCCCUGUCCUUUGUGGGUGUGGACAGUGGCGAGGCCCCAGCCGGAAGCCAGUUGAAGCCAUCCUCCUUCGAAGCUCUCGGCCCUGAGGGCUCUUGCCUGGGUGUUGGUUGUGCCAUGGCGUUCCGGAGGAGCGAGGGCAUGUCCAUGAUCCAGGCCCUGGCGAUGACGGUGGCCGAGAUCCCUGUGUUCCUGUACACGACGUUCGGGCAGUCUGCAUUCUCGCAGCUGCGCUUAACGCCAGGCCUGCGCAAGGUCCUCUUUGCCACGGCCCUGGGGACUGUGGCCUUAGCCCUGGCCGCCCACCAGCUGAAGAGACGACGACGGAGGAAGAAGCAGGUCGGCCCCGAGCUGGGAGGUGAACAGCCAGCCACGGUGCCCCUCCCCAUCCUCAUGGCCAGGAAGGUCCCAUCAGUGAAGAAAGGCUACUCUAGUCGGAGGGUUCAGAGCCCCAGCAGCAAGAGCAACGACACGCUGAGUGGCAUCUCGUCCAUCGAGCCCAGCAAGCACUCGGGCUCCUCCCACAGCCUGGCCUCGAUGGUGGCAGUAAACUCCUCAAGCCCCAUAGCUGCCUGCUCGGGACCAUGGGAUGCCAGAGGGGUGGAGGAGUCUGUGACCACCAGUGACGGCAAUGCUGAGAGCCUCUACAUGCAAGGCAUGGAGCUUUUUGAGGAGGCUCUGCAGAAGUGGGAGCAGGCACUGAGUGUGGGCCAGAGGGGAGACAGUGGCAGCACCCCCACACCAGGGGACAACCUGCGGAACCCAGAAACUGCUUCCGAGGCCCUGUCUGAGCCAGAGUCACAAAGAAGGGAGUUUGCAGAGAAGCUGGAGUCACUGCUGCACCGGGCUUACCACCUGCAGGAGGAGUUCGGCUCCACCUUCCCUGCGGACAGUAUGCUGCUGGACCUCGAGAGGACCCUCAUGCUGCCCCUGACUGAGGGCUCACUGCGCCUACGGGCGGACGAUGAGGACAGCCUGACCUCUGAGGAUUCCUUCUUCUCUGCCACCGAGCUCUUUGAGUCCCUGCAGAUCGGAGAUUUCCCAGUGCCACUCUCCAGGCCGGCCGCCGCCUAUGAGGAGGCCUUGCACCUGGUGAAGGAGGGCAGAGUGCUCUGCCGGACCCUCAGGACGGAGCUGCUGGGCUGCUACAGUGACCAGGACUUCCUGGCCAAGCUGCAUUGCGUACGGCAGGCCUUCGAGGGGCUUCUGGAAGACAAGAGUAACCAGCUGUUCUUUGGCGAAGUUGGCCGGCAGAUGGUGACGGGCCUGAUGACCAAGGCCGAGAAGAGCCCCAAGGGCUUCCUGGAGAGCUACGAGGAGAUGCUGAGCUAUGCCCUGCGACCCGAGACCUGGGCCACCACGCGGCUGGAACUGGAGGGCCGUGGGGUGGUGUGCAUGAGCUUCUUCGACAUCGUGCUCGACUUCAUCCUCAUGGACGCCUUCGAGGACCUGGAGAACCCGCCGUCCUCGGUGCUCGCUGUCCUGCGGAACCGCUGGUUGUCAGACAGCUUCAAGGAGACGGCCCUUGCCACUGCUUGCUGGUCAGUCCUGAAAGCCAAGAGGAGGCUGCUGAUGGUGCCCGACGGCUUCAUCUCCCAUUUCUACUCCGUAUCGGAGCACGUGAGCCCGGUCCUAGCCUUCGGCUUCCUCGGACCCAAGCCCCAGCUCUCGGAAGUCUGUGCUUUCUUCAAGCACCAGAUCGUGCAGUACCUGAGGGACAUGUUCGACCUGGACAACGUGCGCUACACGUCGGUGCCGGCACUGGCAGACGACAUCCUGCAGCUGUCCCGGCGCCGCAGCGAGAUCCUGCUGGGCUACCUGGGGGCCCCGGCGGCCAGCGGCAUCGGCCUGAAUGGGGCGCUGCCCCGCGAGAACGGGCCCCUGGGGGAGCAGUAGGGGCGGCACAGGCGGGCGGGAGGGCGGCUGCCUGGGCCUCGUUGCACGGGUGAGACGGAGGCUGCCUCGUCCCUCUGGGUUGGCACCCAGGGGCCACAGUGGCCGAGGGCACUUGCCUCUGACCUUGACCCAGCCCUACCAUCUGGGGGUCCCCAACGCUAGGAGAAUGGAGCUCCUCGGGACCUGCUGUCGGGGUCCCUGGGGAACACACAGGCGGGGGCCCGUGGCCAACAGGGCCUGAGGGAGAGGCAGGUAGUUAGAGGGAGAGAGGAAGGUGUGUGGGAAACUGGCACAGGCAGAGCCGGGGGGCCCUGGUGUGGGACCCUGAAACCUCUGACCACCCAGGGCUGCUGACCAGGGGCCGAGGAAGGUGGAGGGAGGGCCACUGGGCUUUGUGCUGAAGGUUGCUGUGUCCUGAGCUGCAAGCAACCAAUGGCUGCAUGGCCUCAGGAUCCAGGUGUCUAGCUGGCCUGUCCAGUAGGCUCCUGACCUGGCCACCAUCCCGGAGAGUGCACCUCUGGAGAGGGAGAAUGGGGGCACCUUGGGCGGCAGGCCUGGGCCACCAGAGCGGGCACAGAGAUGGGCCUCCUGCCCUUGUACCCACAUCUGGGCCGGGACCAGGCCUUUGACAAACCGAAGCACCAAACCAGGACCCCAUCCUCUCUGUCCCUGCCAAAGACCAUCAUUUCUUCUCCCUCCUGCCACCACCAAAGCUAGGAGGAGGCAGGCCAGGCACUCCCACCCCCACCUGCCUCUCUGUGAGCCUGCACUUGCAGGGCGGUGCUAGGCUCCGAGCUGGGGGCUCUGGGCCAUCCCCUGUGCUGCCGUCAGCAGCCCCAGGGAUGAGGGGCCCCAAGGACCACACUGGGGUGGUCAGAGGAUGUACACGGCUGGACCAGCACUCCCUCCUUAGUAGAACAGGAAACUUUGCCUUUGACUCAACGCACAAAUGCUCUGGGCCGUGCAGGGCUGCAGAGCCUGCCUGGGUACCCGUCCUGCUAGCCUUGCAGAGUCCGUUAGAAUUUGUCCCAGCAGCGUGUCCCCAUGGCACAGGGCUCCUGGCAGCCCUGCAGGCUCAGCUCAGUUCUUGCAGUGUUUCCACCUGAGCUGGGAAGUUUUAUUUAUUGCCUUAACACUUUUAUUUUGAGGUCCUGCCCCUGUCCAGGUUGAGAGACCUGCAGGAAGUCACCCUCCUCGCCAAGGAUGGCCAGAGACAUGGAUUCUUCCUCCUGGUUUUCUGUGCUUGGAGUUGGAGGGCUGGCUCCUCGCACGCACCUGGGUCUCUGACACCUGAACGGGAAAGGGGUCCUGGGGUGGGAGGGGUGAUGCUGGGUGUGCCCUGUCAUCACUGAGCCUGAAGCCCAGACUGGAGGGCCCCUGAUCCACCUCCCCAAGGCCAGUGCCUGGAGGGAACAGGCAGGAAGGACCCGAGGCCCCCUUGUCCAUCCAGCAUCCACUCUUACCCUGCCCGAAUGUCCCCUUGGCCUGGGCCCGCCGCUCUGAUUCACUCCGGAUCGCGCAGAAGCGACAUUUCCAUUCAUCCUCGUUUACAUGUCCACGCACUGCCUCUAGCACUUGGUCUGUUGCAGCUUCCAACUUUUGUAUGGUAGAGUGUGCGUGACCGCGAGUCAAAUAAAGGAUUUCCUUCCAUGUC